AUGUCAUUCGUGAUCAUUGAAGACCUAAAUAGUGGACAGGUCACCUGGAAACCUAACCGCCCCGGCGCAUAUCGAGCCGGCCCUGGCCAGAUCGUCAUGAAAUUCGGCGAGCAGCUCCGCGAGAGCGUCAUCCCGGAAUACCAGUGGAGCUAUCUCGAUUACGAUGGCCUAAAACAGCUUCUCAAAACUCCCUCCGGGCCAAUUACCACCCUUACCGACGCCAAGGGCAAGCAGUAUAGCGGCCGGCAAUGGGUCGACGAGGACGAAACCAAGUUCGUCCGCAAGCUCGAUGCCGAGCUUGAUAAGGUCUUCACUAAGAAGAAGGUCAAGUCUCUCGAGAUUACCCGCCGUAUCCAGGUCAGCGAGCGCCAUGUCCUGGACGUGGUUAGCCGCCUCAAUGAUCGGGGACCGAACACGCCCGGCCCUGGCGAGGAGGAAUUCGUCGCUCUUGAGCAGGUCCUAAGCGACGUUAUUACCGAUGUACAUGACCUCGCCAAGUUUGUCCAGGUCAACUACACCGGAUUCUACAAAAUUAUCAAGAAACAUGAUAAAUUGACAGGAUGGCACAUUCGACCUGCCUUCGAUUCGCGCCUCAAGGCGAAGCCUUUCUACAAGGGAGAUUACGAUGCAUCAAUUGUCAAGCUCUCGAAGCUUUAUGACCUGGUCCGGACCCGAGGAAAUCCCGUCAAGGGAGACAGCGCCGCAGGAGGCUCGCAGGCCAACUUCGUCCGUAGCACGACGAAGUACUGGGUCCACCCGGACAACGUCAUGGCUGUCAAGCUGAUUAUCCUGAAGCACCUACCUGUGCUCGUCUUCAACCCCAACAAAGAAUUCGAGGCAAAGGACUCGGCUAUCACCUCUAUCUACUACGAUAACCCCGAUACUUGGGAGCUAUACGAGGGGCGCCUCAAGAAAACCGAAGGCGCUGAAGCUAUUCGUCUGCGAUGGUAUGGCGGGAUGGACAGUGAUACAAUCUUCGUUGAGCGAAAAACGCAUCGAGAGGAUUGGACUGGUGAGAAGUCGGUCAAGGCUCGCUUCGCUAUGAAAGAAAAGAAUGUCAAUGCCUACAUGCGGGGAGAUCUGCUGCCUGUGGCCCUGUUCCAAAAGGCAAGAAAGGAUCGCAAGAGACCUGCAAAGUCCAUUGACGAGGAUGAGGCCCUCGCGUCCGAGGUCCAGUGGUCGGUCCUGAAGCACAAGUACCGACCUGUCUGCCGAUCCUUCUACAACCGAACUGCCUUCCAGCUUCCAGCGGAUGCGCGGGUGCGUAUCUCGCUUGAUACCGAACUCACCAUGGUCCGUGAGGACAAUCUCGAUGGUGUCCAACGCUCCGGAGACAAUUGGCGACGAAUGGAUAUUGGCAUCGAUUACCCCUUUUCCCAGCUCCCUGCUUCCGACGUUGUCUGGUUCCCAUACGCCGUCCUGGAGGUCAAGCUCCAGACUCAGCACGGUCAAGAGCCUCCGGCCUGGGUGCGCCAGCUCAUCUCCAGCCACCUUGUGGAAGCCGUUCCUAAGUUUUCCAAGUUCAUCCACGGCUGCGCAUGCCUUUUCCCAGAUAGGAUCAAUCUUCUGCCCUACUGGAUGCCUCAGAUGGAUGUCGAUAUUCGCAAACCCGAGACCCACGACUUCGGCAUUAGCCGACCCGGAAUGACGGGGACCACCGAUGAAGAUGACGAAGAUGAGGACGAUGAGGAUACCUUGUCUGACACGGAGGACGAGAGGGACCUCCGACACCCGGUACUCCCUCGCAACGGCGGAACCAAUGGCGAGUCUAGUAGGCAUGCUACUGGCGGUAGGGGUGAGACCCGACCGCUUCUAACUGAUUCCGAAAACCAAACCGCGGAGAACGUAGAUGUCGACGAGGCAUACCCGAUAUACGACUCUGACGACGAGUAUGACGAGAACUAUGCGCUUGAGGAGGCUCGGCGCGUAGGAGGUUGGACGUACUACUCUACUCUCAUCGCAAAUCAGGCACACAAGGUCAAGGAUGCUUUCGCGCACGCGACCUUGAAUGCGUUUGAACGUCUCGCACACGCUCGUUCUAGCCAAAUCGAGCGUAGCGAGCGCUUGCGCAUGUUUUUCGGAAACGAACCUAUCCAGACGAAGAAAUUCAAGGCACCCCCAGGAAAGAAGAUCUAUGUUCCUAUUCGUGUGGAGCCCAAAGUCUACUUUGCCGCCGAACGGACAUUCCUUGGCUGGCUUGAAUACUCCAUUUACAUCAGCACUAUCGCCGCGACUCUUCUCAACUUUGGAUCGAAGGAGAACCCUCUGACGUUCAUUGUGCCGGCGCUCUAUACCGUCGUUGCUGUCAUGUGCCUCUUGUACUCUGUGUUUGUUUAUCUGUACAGGAGUCGAGCGAUCCGCGAGCGGAGAGUUGCAAAGUAUCACGAUGAAUGGGGCCCGACCAUUCUUUGCUUGGCUCUACUCGGAGCUAUCCUUGUCAACUUUGUGUUUGAGCUUCGGGCUCGGCAUUUGGUGUAUUAA